UGUUUUACUAACUAUAUUUUCUUUUUCCAGCUGCCAGUCAAUAAUGUCUUUAAUGUCCCAGUGGCCGUCAUAGCAGGGAACAGACCGAACUAUCUGUACAGGAUGCUAAGGUCACUUCUUUCAGCUCAUGGCGUCAACCCGCAGAUGAUCACGGUCUUCAUUGAUGGAUAUUAUGAGGAGCCUAUGGAUGUCGUAGAGCUGUUUGGACUGAAGGGAGUCCAGCACACACCCAUCAGCAUCAAGAAUGCCAGAGUGUCCCAGCACUACAAGGCGAGUCUGACUGCAACAUUCAACCUUCACCCAGAUUCCAACUUCGCCAUUGUCCUGGAAGAAGACCUGGAUAUCUCCAUUGACUUCUUCAGUUUUCUGAGUCAGACCACCCACCUGUUGGAUGAGGAUGACAGCCUGUACUGUAUCUCUGCCUGGAACGACCAGGGCUAUGAGCACACAGCGGAGGACCCCGCCCUGCUGUACAGAGUGGAGAGUAUGCCCGGCCUGGGCUGGGUGCUGAAGAAGAGCAUCUACAAGGACGAGCUGGAGCCAAAAUGGCCGACACCUGAGAAGCUGUGGGACUGGGACAUGUGGAUGCGAAUGCCGGAGCAGAGGAAAGGCAGAGAGUGCAUCAUUCCCGACGUGUCCCGCUCUUAUCACUUCGGCAUCAUCGGCCUCAACAUGAACGGCUAUUUCCAUGAGGUAUAUUUCAAGAAACACAAGUUCAACACUGUUCCCAAUGUGCAGCUGAAGAAUGUUGACAGCUUAAAGAAAGAUGCUUAUGAAGUGGAGAUCCAAAGCCUGCUGAAGGAGGCAGAGGUACUGGACCACACUAAGAACCCGUGUGAGGACUCGUUCCUUCCAGAUUCGGAGGGGAAGACCUACGUCAUGUUCAUUAAAAUGGAGACAGAGACGGACACAUCCACCUGGACGGAGCUCGCCAAGUGCCUCCACGUUUGGGACCUGGACGUUCGGGGAUACCACAGAGGCCUGUGGCGACUCUUCAGAAAAAGGAAUCAUGUCCUUGUGGUAGCCGUGCCAAUCUCUCCAUACUCUGUGAAGAAACCAGCCAGUGUCACUCCCAUUCACUUAGAGCCUCCGCCCAAAGAAGAAGGAGCACCGGUGGAGCAGCUGUAGACCUGAUGUCAGACACACACACACACACACACACACACACACACACACACACACACAAACACAAACACAAACACACACACACCAACCAGCCCAGGCCUUAACUCUUCUUCUUCUCUCUCCAUCAACAACCACUAAUAAUCCAGCCUGGGACUCACAACUGCAAACUGACAUUUCCUAGAUGUUGAACUUGAGUAUGAGGGGAUACUUGGGGAAAUGAAGUCCUGAUUUCUUUUCCUUUUUUUUUAUUAUUAAAACAAAAGAGGGACUAACACUACAGACUGCACUACUAAAUCCGUCCAUCAGCUUGAGGAGCGACGGAGAAGCUAAAUCCAGUUUCGGUUAAACGUGACAAACAAAACGGUAAAUGACUGUCAACAGCUUUUCUGGUUCAUUUCAAUUCAAUCUGUGACUUUUCAGCCAGAAUGGUACAAAUGACUCAAACACACACUCAGCAGAAUUUAGCCACUUUUCCUCUUGGUUUGUUGUGUGUUUUUUUUAUAACUACUGAGUGCUUUGACCAUUUUGUACAUACGUUUUAACUUAUCUCUAUUUAUUUUACAUCUAUCAAUCAAAAAUGAUUUUAGGGGUUUGUUUGCAUUUUUAAUUUUUAAAAAAAGAUCCACUUUUAUCAAGUUAAAUGCAUUUUUUUAAGAGCCUAACGUUUACAGAUAAUGAAAUAAUAAUGUAUAUACAUGUCUAUAUAUAUUUUUUGAUGAAAAACGGUCAGCAUAUUUUUCAGCAUCAGAUCUAAGUUUGUGUGAAAGAGUUGAUAACAGCCCUGUGGGUUUUUACUAUUGUGACUGCUUGGGUCAGUUGCCUCCGAUGGGGUUUCAUUAGGGAAACACAUUUGGUGACUGAAAGAGACAAAACUGAGAAAAUAUUCACAGAUUUAGCAACAUACACCCAACUUCACAAGGUGGAGUCUUUGCAGUGCUUCUUGCGUUUAGACCACAUACACAGAACUGAAAUGUACGUCCUUUUUUUUUUUUUUUUUAAAUGAGGAAAAAAUUGUAUUUAGAAACUGCUUGUAUUCCCGAAAGUUAGGUUCAAGAAAAAAUAUUGUUGGUGCCAAAAGUCCGUCAUCAGCAAUAGGAAAUUGGAAAUUUCCAAAUGCUACCCAGCCCUAGAAAAUAAAUUAUAAAAAUGUAGAAUUUUUGUUGCAUUUCUUCGCUUAAUUAUUUUCUUUUUGUUUUAGAAAUGCUGCCUUUUUAUUCUGCCAGUUGCAUGUUCCUGAAUGCAGCGUAUGUGUGAAAUCUGUGAAACAUUUGCUUAUUCUCUCUGUGUGCAGAGGUUUGACCUCCCUUAGCCACCAUAGCAGCUGGAGGCUGGUUAUUUGCCUUAUUUUUUUUUUCAUUGUGACCUUCAUCUGUGGUGGAAAUGUUGGGAUGUUUGAUCUGAAAUGUCAUCGGCCAAUUGUCACCAACCAAAUUGAUUCUCCAAGAUGUGACAGUUAAAAUCUUUACAUGGAGGCUCAGCGUGAUCGUGGUCGCUGCUUUUGUUUUAGUUCCGUUAUUUCAAAAUCAACAUAAAUAUCUUGUUUUUUUUCGUCUGAGUUAAGUUAUUUUUGUCAUUCUCAUAUUAAAGUUUAAUAUUAUUUAACCAUUCUUAUCUGGAGAUGAGAGACUCAAAAUCAUAAUUUAUCCAGAUCUGUUAAUUAUGAGAUACUAAGUUACAUCUUCAACAUUUUCUUUGUAUAACGCAGAAUGUUUUUAAUGAGUAUUUGUGUGUUCAGAAGACUACAUAUUUACCAUUUGAGAGUACCACUUAUCAGCAGUAUUACAGCCUGUGUCGUGACUGAAUUAAUCUCCAUUUGUGUCCUGGAAAUUUCAGACUCUGCCUGCUGUUUAAGCUACUUUUUCAUUUCACUCUAAUUUAUGUACAUGUGUGCUUCUCUUUGUUUAAUCGAGAGGUUAAAACUAAAUCAUUGUCUCCCCAGAAAUACAGCUAAUUUUGUUAAAAUGCUGUGAGAUCAUUUGGAAAAUACUGGGAGGUACGCUGAAUGUGUGACAAUGAGGAUCCGUGGACAUAAUGUUAGUUUCUGAUGCGGUUUGACAUGUAUAAGUUCCUUUUUAUCUUUUGUCAUGGAAAUGAAUAAAGAUGUUUUUUACUGAG